AUGUCAUGCUCCAAAGCACGUGGCAGUGGACUGCGGCGCUUACUCCUUGUGUCAUGCACCGGUGGUGCAUGCGCUGGGCUGUGGUUCUCUUUGAUGUUGGAUGAGGUGGUGCAUUUUGUGCAGUUCCAGUCGUUUCCAUCCGUGCAGCUGGGUUUUUCCACUGCUCUGCCCGGAUCCGCCCUGGGUGCCUGUGCCGCGACGCUCAGCAGCACGGCGCCGCGGCGGCUGCGCGACUUCAACACUUUGGCGGUGGCGCCGCAGGGCCUUGGGAGUGCCGUGGGCAGUGCCGCCUUCGGUGCUCGAGUGGGGCUGGCGGCCGCCUGGCACCUGUGGUGGUGGUUGGCAGCCAAUGCUUCAGGGGCCAUCCUGGGUGCAACGGAAGGGUCGAUGGUGCUGGCGCCCGUGGUGUCAUUUUCAGUGCUGGCAGCGAUGAUGGUUCCGGCCUUCUGGGCCCUGCUGUCGUUUGGUGCUGCUGGGCUUUUCAGUGGUGCGGUGGGAGGUGUGGUCAUGGCCACCCACGGGGCCAUGCCGGCAGUCAUGUCGGUGGGACAAGCAAGGCUGCGCUCGGCAGUGGUGAUGGGAGCUUUGGUCACUCCAGGUGUGGUAGCUGCAAGCGUGGCUUGUGGCUUGGCCCCUAAUGUGCUGCAGAUUUUUCCGCAGGCGGACCCUGGAAGAGAUCAGAUUGAUUGGAGAACGAAACGUUCAAGAUUUCGAGAGAUGUAG